AAAGCAGGGGGUUGUUUCCAAAUUUAGGUGAAUUUCUUCCAUAUUUCUAACUAAUUUCCGAGUUCUCAUUGCUUUGGCUUUAAAUAUGCAUUCAUCUUCGUCCUUGUGUCCAUCGCCAACUCUGUAUCUCUCAAUCUCUCAUUCCUUCACUCUAAUUCUAAAUGGCCCAAACGACGCCCAAUCACACGCAGACCGUCGCCGGUUGGGCAGCUCAUGAUUCUUCCGGCAAGAUUGUUCCAUUUACUUUCAAACGCAGAGAAAAUGGCGCCGACGACGUGACGAUACAGAUUCUUUACUGUGGAAUUUGCCAUACUGAUCUCCACUUCGCCAAGAACGACUGGGGUGUCACCAUGUACCCUGUUGUUCCCGGGCACGAGAUUACAGGGGUAAUCACGAAGGUGGGAAGCAACGUGAAGAAGUUCAAAUUAGGAGACAGAGUGGGGGUUGGCUGUAUCGCCGCCUCGUGCUUGAACUGUGAAUUCUGCCGCGACUCCCAAGAGAAUUACUGCGAAAAUCUGCAGUUCACGUACAACGGAAUCUUCUGGGAUGGGAGUAUAACCUAUGGCGGAUACUCCAAAAUGUUUGUUUCAGAUCAGAGGUACGUGGUGCACAUACCGGAGAGCCUGCCGAUGGACGCCGCGGCGCCGUUGCUGUGUGCUGGGAUUACAGUGUUCACUCCCAUGAAAGACGGCAAUCUGAUCGGGUCGCCGAGGAAGAAAAUCGGAGUGGUGGGGCUGGGAGGGCUGGGCCACAUAGCAGUGAAAUUUGCGAAGGCGUUUGGGCACCACGUGACGGUCAUCAGCACCUCUCCUUCGAAGGAGAAAGAGGCUAAGGAGCGGCUGGGCGCAGACGAGUUCAUAGUCAGCAAAGAUCCUCAGCAAAUGCAGAGAGGGAAGAGGACAUUGGAUUUCAUACUGGACACAGUGUCAGCAGAGCACUCGAUUGGACCAAUAUUGGAACUGCUGAAAGUGAACGGGACAUUGUCGAUUGUGGGAGCUCCGGACAAGCCAAUUCAGUUGCCAUCUUUCCCUUUAAUAUUUGGAAAGAGGACGGUGAAGGGAAGUAUAAUUGGUGGGAUAAAAGAGACGCAAGAGAUGAUAGACUUGUGUGGAAAGUACAACAUCACUUGUGAUAUUGAGGUGAUAAAGCCCGAGGACAUCAACCACGCAAUGGAACGCCUCAUCAACAAUGACGUGCGAUAUCGAUUUGUCAUUGACAUUGCUCAACACAAAGCCAAAUAUUGAGGAGACACAUUAUUCAACGUGAGAGACGAGAACUAAAAUAAGAUUUAAAGUGUAUUCAAUAGUUAGGUAAUUGUGGUAAUUGUUUGUGAUAACUGUCAAAACAAGUAUAGUUCAGCGGUAAUUGACAGUUAGGAGUUGUAAGUUCGAAACCACUCCCCACAUCAUGUACUAAAAAAGUUUGUCAUAACUUGUUUGUCUAGAUGUGUUGGUCAAA